AUGCACCUCCAAACCCUUCUCCCCAUCCUCCUGACCUCCGCCUCCCUCGUCGCCGCAUCACCGAAUGCUGCUGCUGCUGCCGCUGCCGCUGCCGCUGCUGCGCCGGCAGCAACCACAGCAGCCAGCGCGGGGGAUACAGCGCAGUGCGCGAAGAGUAUCCUGGACGCCUGCCUGAAACAGCUCCAGCCGCAGAUGGACGCCUGCGCGCAGAACGACUGGGAUUGUCUGUGUACGCAGAGUCAGAAUGUGUUGACGUAUGCAUAG